AUGGCGAGCAACAACAAAAGAGGGGAAGCCCCGAGCAUGAACCGGUUCAUGCAACAGCAGCGGCACGUUGGAAAGAACGACAUGGCGCCGCCUCGUACUACCAGUGGCCUGCAGGGACAGCAGAUGACGGGAGAGUGGCAAGGUAACAACAACUUCAACAUGCCAGUGACGGGUUCACUGCCAGGACAGUUCAUGUCUCCCCAUACGCCCACGAAUUCUGGUAUGGACUCGGCCAAUGUCCCGCGCUCGGGUCAGUUCAACCCUCUUUUGCAGCAACGAUUUGCCUUUCAGGAAAGCGGGCAGGGCUUCCACCAGCUCGACUAUACCGGCACGCCUUUAGGGGCCUUGCAGGAAGCCGACCGUCAUCUGGGAAAUCGCAAUGUGGCCUCUUCUGCUCUGGACGUUGGCUUGACGAUGCCAAUGCAACCACCGCCGUCCGGGAACUUGAUGGGAGGAAUGAAUCGUGGCCCGGAGUUUUUUGACGGUUCCGUCGGUAACAGACCCGGGUUGAGUGACUACCGUGCAUCAUCAUACACGGGCACUCAGCCUCUCCAUGCCGGCGCUGCUCAAAGCCAGUCAUACGACUCUUUUCCGAACCAAGAGACGAUGGCGCCCUAUUACCGAAUCCCCGGAAGCCAUGGCAUCUCGCAGCAUGAUGGAGUCACGUCUGCCACCGACUUCGAAACGAACGUGCAGAAUAUGCAAAUGAUGGGUGUCUCCGGAUCGUCUGCAAACGAACCCCAACCGGUGGUGAAUCAGUCAAUUAAUCAGACACUUGGCCCCGUGGAACUUUCCGAUCGGUACUAUGCGAAUCCCAUGGUUGGAAAAUCCGGUCAGAGUCUCAAGGUUGCGCAACCUGUAGGACGAGGCAUGGGAGGAGCAGGUGGCAUCAACCCCGUCAAAAGGACAUUUCGCAACCAAGAGUGGCCAACAGAGAGCCAUGCGGUGGUUCAACGAAAGCCUGCCGAACCCUCGAGGGCACCACAGACUAAAGCCGCACCGGGGUCGGCCGCCACGGCGCUGGGCAUCGUUGAAGCGGGCAUAGAACGCGCAUUCGUCUGCGGCUCACUUAUAGCUCAUGCGAGAAUGUUUGCGCAUUUGAAGCAUGAACUGGAAAGCAACGGAACCCUUGCCGGACGCAAGAUAGCUUUAUCCGAAGACGGAACUACCGACGCGUUGGUGCAAGGCCUCCGGGGGCGCCUGGUCGAAAACCAUACGAAACUGCGCACAGAGUCACUGGGGCACGAAAAACUGGUACAGGUUCAUAACUGGGUGAAGGAUCAGCUUCUCCCCAAGAGUCAAAGGCAGGCACGCGCCCCGACUGAGCGCGGUACUGGCCGGCCGCUGUAUGGCGGCCUCUCGAAACCCUUUAGUUCCAAUAACGACGCAAAGAACACCACGGCCAAGACGAGACCUGGCAGGAGAACCGGCAAGGCAGCCGCAAAGUCCGGCUCAAGCAGUAUGGCGGCGAGCAAAGGAAAGGAACCCAUGCCGACCAGCACGAGCCAAUGCACUGCAUUUCACCACGGGGGCCCCGAAGACGACGAGGCUCAGGCUCAAUCUGGCACAAGCCGCUGCAUGUUGACGAAGCAUGGGGAAGCCGAGGCUCAAGACCUGCCUCACGGCACAAUUGUCGUGAAUCCAGUCGAGGCUGCGGGAGUUGAUGAAGCAGCACCAAGGGUCCCCAAACGCAAAGCCUCAUCAGCAGGGCAAGCAGGUGGUCCGGCAUCGAAGAGGGCCAGGAAGGCCGGUGAAAGACAGGCACAGCCUCCCCCCUCGCCAGCCGCCCAGCAAGGAGGCGGCGCAGAGCAAGGUGUUCGGGGAGCCAGACUCCUGUCCCUUGACGACUUUUUCCAUGACGCAGAGUCCGACGACCGAGGCGCUAUGCAAACAAUGCCCGCCCAACCUGCAGGCGGGAUAGACGGCCGCUGCGACGCCGGUACGGAGCCGUUCAAGCCCGCCGCCCUGGAGGGGAAUCAAGAAGACGCGGCAAGCAGCGAGGCGCGCCAGAGCGCGCAAGAGGAAGCGAGAAAGAUAGGCCGCGGGAGGCAGGAAUAUGAAGAGGAGGAGCUCACGGGAGCUGCAUCACGCAGCGUUGCCUACGAAAGUCUAGGGCAAGCCGUCGCAGGCGCUGCCGGAGACCUGGCUCCUUCGAACGACCAUGGCUUCUUCAUGCACGACAUGAGCGCGUACGACGUGGCCAGCUGCCUCGACGCGUCAUACGGCACGUCGGACAGAGACGAGUUUGACGAGAUGAAAUGGGCCGUCGGCUACCAAGGCGGUGGUGGUGGUCUGGGCUUUGACGAAUCCUAG